CUGUCAGAUCGCAACGGUCUGAAUCUCACGUUCAGACGCGGACCGCGUCAACUCCGUAAUUCUGGGUGCCUUCUGACCUUAUCCGACCCCCCGGACGUGAUCACUUUUUUUACGCUUUCUUCUUCCACCCCUUCCGCAGCUGGACUAAGCGCCGAACCUCUUUAAUCAAGACCUUGAACACAUCUUAGCCAUCUGAGUGUGUACAUGUCCAAUUCAGCAUCCCAGUGGGGUUGUCCUACCGCUUCCAGGCGAGCUCUUCUCAUCCAUGGCAUGACUAUGUGCUCGAAUUCCUGGGAGGGCAUUGCUCAGCUACUGGUAGCAGAAGGUUUCUUCGUUAUAGCGCCGAACCUCCUUGGGCAUGGAGGGAGACGGUGUACCAGCUAUCGGAUAUCCGACUUUGCAGAAGACCUCCGACCAUAUUUUGCCAUGGGCACGUCCUACGAUGUGAUCAUCGGUCAUUCUUUUGGAUGCCUAGUGACCUUGUCACUCUUGCCGUUCUUGCCCAAAACGAAAGAAACCACCAUCAUACUCGUCGAUUCCGCCUUUGAGCUUACAGAAAAAAAGAUCAACAUUUUUCAGAAUAUGGUUUUAGAGUGGACGGCGAAUAUCAAAACUCCUGAAGAGCACAUGGUUGAGAACCCUACUUGGUCACGACGUGACUGCGUGUUAAGAACGCUGGGAAUCGCAAUGGUUGAUCCCAACACUGUCAAGGUUUUCCAGCAAAACACACCAUGGUCUUCCAGUGGGUUGCUCAAAAACUUACAACCCCACGUCAAGAUCACCUUACUGGUGUCAGAUCCGGAGAACAUCCCUCGCGACAUCGAGAGAUUGAAUACCAAAGUUCUUACUGGCAUCGGUCACUGGAUUCAAUACGAGUGUCCGGAUGCUAUUAUGGAUGCAAUUCCCCUACCAAGAGCAAAAUUGUGAGCCGUGCAGAGAAGCCGCGACGGUCGCAUCCAAUCAUGUACUCGCUAUUUAUUUUCUUCCAGACUGUUUGAAACCCGGCAUGUGGUACUUAAGGCUUCCGCCACCUUUGUCACUAGUCUUUCUGAUAAUUCCAGAGGUCCCUCAGCGCUCAGAGUUGUUCCCCAUAC